CAUUGAACCCCCAAGGCAUUCUAAAUCAUUGGUAUUAUGGCAUCACCUUUGUUCUUCCUCCUGCUUCUUCAGUCUUUUCUUGUUUCCACUUCUGCUUUUUCCACCACUUCUUUACUUAAUCAAACAGAAACUCUUUUCAAAUGGAAAGCCAGUCUUGACAACCAAAGCAAAAGCUUCCUCUCUUCUUGGAUUGGGGACAACCCCUGCAAUUGGGUUGGAAUCGCUUGUGAUAGAGUUGGAAGCGUCACCAACAUAAGCCUUUCAAAUUUUGGUCUCAAAGGUACACUUGCCAACCUUAACUUCUUGGCCUUCCCCAACCUAAUUCACUUUGAUCUUGGUGAUAAUUCACUUUAUGGGGUCAUUCCUUCCGACAUCGCUAACUUGUCCAAACUUACUUUUUUCAAUUUGUCUGGGAAUGAUAAUAUUUCUGGAAAUAUUCCCAAGGAUAUAGGAAGGUUGAGUUCGCUUGCUGUACUCGAUCUUGCUUGGAACCAACUUAGUGGUUCACUUCCCGUUUCUGUAGGAAAUUUAAGCAGUUUGUCUUACCUUGCAAUCACUGGCAACAACCUCAACGGUUCCUUGCCUCAAGAAGUUGGAAUGAUGAGAUCACUUCUUGUGCUUCAUUUAGCCUCGAAUUCCUUUAUUGGUCCAAUCCCUGCAUCAAUAGGAAAUUUAAGCAAUUGUCAAAAUCUUUACCUCUUUGAAAAUGAGCUAUCUGGUUCUAUUCCAACAGACAUAGGAAGGAUGAGUUCACUUAAGCAACUUCACCUUCAAGGCAAUACGCUCAGUGGUUCUAUACCUCAAGAAGUUAGGAUGAUAAGAUAUCUUAUUUUGCUUGAUUUUUCCAAUAACGCCCUAACUGGUAUGAUACCGAAAGCAAUGGGAAAUUUUAGCCAUUUAAGACAUCUUUACCUUUAUGGAAAUGAGCUCUCUGGUUCUAUUCCUAGUGAAAUAGGAAUGAUUCAAUCACUUCUCGACUUGCAGUUGUUAGGAAAUAAUCUCAAAGGUGUUAUACCGACUUCCAUAGGAAACCUAACCAGUUUAGUCUCUCUUCUUCUCUUUGAUAACAUGCUUUCUGGUCCAAUCCCAGUUUCUUUAGGAAGUCUAACCAGUUUAAACAGUCUUUCUCUCUUUGAUAACAAGAUAUCUGGUAGGAUACCUCCUGAGCUAGCUCAAGCCACUCAAUUGACUGAGCUUGACCUCUCUUUAAAUCAACUGAGUGGGGAGAUUCCGAAGGAAAUAAGCAAGCUGACAACCAUGGUUUAUCUCUUGCUAAAUGACAACCAACUCUUUGGCAGAAUCCCACCAGAGAUAGGAAACCUACUUAAUCUGCAACAUCUUAGCUUGGCAAAGAACAAUCUAGUUGGACCAAUUCCAAAACAACUUGGGAAUUGCUUCAGGUUAUUACACUUGGACCUGAGCAACAAUCUAAUUGAGGAAAGUAUUCCAUCAGAAAUAAGCAAAAUAUUUGCCCUUGAAACUCUUGAUUUGAGUUGGAAUAAUUUAACAGGACAGAUUCCACAAGAGCUUGGAGGAUCACGUGUGUUGGAAAUGCUGAAUCUUUCUCAUAAUAUGCUCUCCGGUUCCAUUCCCCCUACUUUUGAUGAAUUGAAGAGCUUAACAUAUGUUAACAUCUCUUAUAAUCAGUUAGAGGGCCCUAUCCCGCCUAUUAAAGCUUUCCUUCUUGCCCCAUUUGAUGCUCUUAAAAACAAUAAAGGCCUCUGCGGCAAUGCCAUCGGCCUCCUGCAUUGUGUCUCUGAAGGUCAGAAGAAAAGCACCAGCGGACUAGUGGUUUUAAUCAUUACGCCAGUUUUGGGUGUUCUAUCCCUCUACGGGCAAUUCAACUCCAACUAUUGCCUUGGCUCAAGAGGAUAUGGGAAUAUUUACAAAGCUGCUUUGACAACAGGCCGAGCUGUUGCAAUGAAGAAACUUAACCCAUCAGAUGACAAUCAAUCGAUCAAUUUGCAAGCAUUCGAAAAGUACUCAUUCUUAAUCUAUGAGUUUGUAGAAAGGUGGAGCUUGAGGACAAUUUUGAGCAACCCAGAAGAAGCAGCAGAAUUGGAUUGGGAUAAGAGAUUGAACAUUGCUAAAGGGUUAGUGAGUGCUUUAUCUUACAUGCACCAUGAUUGUCCUUCACCAAUAAUCCAUUGUGAAAUUUCUAGCAACAAUGUUUUGUUAGAUUUGGAUUAUGAAGCUCAUGUCUAGGACUUCAGAAGUGAAAUAGGUCAUUUAAUAAUGUUAGUUCUUUCUCCACAUCUUUCUUCAUUUAUGUCUCCUCUGGUUUACUGUUAUUGACCCAUUUGAUAUUCCAUGCUGAUCACCAGUUGUUCGUUUCCGUUUUUGCAUUUAAUAAUUUGUUUGUUAUAGCAGUAGAUUAAGUAAUAAUGUCACCAUAACGCACUUAUACCGGCCAGCAACAUUAGCUGUACCAAUUUGCGAAGACUAUUCAAGUGAAGACAAAAAAUCUGUAAGAAUGUGUGGCUGUAUGCAAAAUGAAUGUGUUCUGUCCUA